UUUGCUUCUCUCUCACAAUCUCGAGAUUGGCGUGUGAGAUAAAGACCACUGUAGUAGCAUCCUCCCUUGAAGCUCUCUUGCAAGUUGGAUUUUAAGGGAACUCUUCAGCAUCUAAUGAAGGAGAGUGGAGGCUCUCUUGGAGAAGAGAGCCUACCCGAGACUAACAACAACAACAACAGCAACAGCAAAAACAACGAAGAAGAAGAACCAAAAUAGUGUCUUUUCUCAGUCCUAUUUUCAGUUUCAAGAGCCUCACACAUAUUUUGUUUUUAGGCCUUAGUGGGUGUUAUGGCACUUUCUAUGCACAAGGACUCAUCCAACAAUCAAAUGGAUUCAAGCAAGUAUGUGAGGUAUACACCAGAACAAGUGGAAGCUUUGGAAAGGGUAUAUGCAGAAUGCCCAAAGCCUAGUUCUUUGAGGAGACAGCAACUCAUCAGGGAGUGCCCCAUCCUUUCUAAUAUUGAACCAAAACAGAUCAAAGUUUGGUUUCAAAAUCGCAGAUGUCGUGAAAAGCAAAGGAAGGAAGCUUCUCGUCUGCAGACAGUGAAUAGAAAGCUGACUGCAAUGAACAAGUUGUUGAUGGAAGAGAAUGACCGUCUGCAGAAGCAAGUCUCACAUCUUGUUUAUGAAAAUGGAUAUAUGAAGCAACAGAUACAUACUGCAUCUGCUGCUACUACUACAGACAAUAGCUGUGAGUCUGUGGUAAUGAGUGGUCAGAACCAACAGCAAAACCCAACACCUCAGCAUCCCCAGAGGGAUGCUAACAACCCAGCUGGUCUUCUCGCCAUAGCUGAGGAGACCCUGGCAGAGUUCCUUUCCAAGGCUACUGGAACUGCUGUCGACUGGGUCCAGAUGAUUGGGAUGAAGCCUGGUCCGGAUUCUAUUGGAAUCGUUGCUGUUUCCCGCAACUGUAGUGGGGUAGCAGCACGAGCCUGUGGCCUUGUGAGUCUAGAGCCCACAAAGGUUGCCGAGAUUCUUAAAGAUCGGUCGUCAUGGUAUCGUGACUGCCGGUGCCUCGAAGUGUUGAGUAUAGUCCCCACAGGGAAUGGGGGCACAAUAGAGCUCAUGUACAUGCAGACAUAUGCCCCUACAACAUUGGCAGCAGCCCGUGACUUCUUUACACUAAGAUACACUACGAGUUUAGAAGAUGGAAGUCUUGUGAUAUGUGAGAGAUCAUUGACUUCUUCAACUGGUGGCCCCACUGGCCCUCCUCCUUCAAACUUCGUGAGAGCUGAAUUGCUUCCCAGUGGUUAUCUAAUUAGACCAUGCGAGGGUGGUGGAUCCAUUAUUAAUAUUGUUGAUCACAUUGAUUUAGAUGUCUGGAGUGUCCCUGAAGUACUGAGGCCCCUUUAUGAAUCAUCAAAAAUCUUGGCUCAGAAAUUGACUAUUGCUGCCAUGCAACAUAUAAGACAGAUAGCCCAAGAAUCAAGUGGAGAAAUUCAGUAUGGUGGGGGACGCCAACCUGCUGUGUUGAGGACAUUUAGUCAAAGACUUUGCAGGGGGUUCAAUGAUGCUGUGAAUGGGUUUGUGGAUGAUGGUUGGUCACUGAUGAGUAAUGAUGGGGUGGAAGAUGUGACUAUAGCCAUAAACUCAUCUCCCAACAAAUUUUUGGGGUCCCAUUACAAUUCCUCAAUGUUUCCAGCAUUUGGAGGUGGGGUCCUAUGUGCCAAGGCAUCAAUGCUACUGCAGGAUGUUCCUCCUGCGUUACUGGUUCGAUUUUUGAGGGAGCAUCGAUCAGAGUGGGCUGAUUAUGGGGUUGAUGCAUACUCUGCUGCAUCUCUGAAGGCUAGUCCAUAUGCAGUUCCUUGUGCAAGACCUGGUGGUUUCCCCAGCAGCCAGGUCAUUUUACCUCUUGCUCAUACUAUUGAGCACGAGGAGUUCCUGGAGGUAGUUCGCAUAGAGGGUCAUGCAUUUUCCCCUGAAGACAUGGCAUUGGCGCGUGACAUGUAUCUGUUGCAGCUAUGCAGUGGAGUUGAUGAAAAUGCAAUUGGGGCGUGUGCUCAACUUGUGUUUGCACCUAUCGAUGAAUCAUUUGCUGAUGAUGCUCUUUUACUGCCUUCUGGUUUUCGCGUCAUUCCAUUGGAUCCUAAAACAGUUAAGUGCCAAUUAUCAACAACUUCUGCAACUAGGACAUUGGAUUUGGCAUCAACGCUUGAAGUAGGAUCUGGAAAUGCUCGUCCAGCUGGUGAAGCUGAUUUGAAUGGUUACAACCUUAGGUCGGUCCUUACCAUUGCAUUCCAAUUUACCUUUGAGAACCAUUUGCGGGACAAUGUGGCUGCCAUGGCUCGCCAGUAUGUGCGUAGUGUUGUUGGAUCUGUUCAGAGGGUUGCCAUGGCAAUUGCUCCCUCUCGGCUCAAUAACCAACUGGGGCCAAAGUCACUUCCUGGUUCACCAGAGGCUCUUACUUUAUCACGAUGGAUCUGUAGAAGCUACAGGAUCCACACUGGUGCAGAGCUUUUUAGAGUUGAGUCUACAGCUGGUGAUGCAAUCUUGAAGCAACUUUGGCAUCAUUCAGAUGCAAUCAUGUGUUGUUCUGUGAAAACAACUGCAUCUCCAGUGUUCACCUUUGCAAACCAGGCUGGACUAGACAUGCUUGAAACUACUCUGGUUGCCCUUCAGGAUAUAAUGCUCGAUAGGGUUCUUGAUGAAGCUGGCAGGAAGAUUCUUUGCUCUGAGUUUUCCAAGAUAAUGCAACAGGGAUUUGCAUAUCUGCCUGCAGGGAUAUGUGUAUCCAGUAUGAAUCGGCCAGUGUCUUAUGAGCAAGCCAUUGCAUGGAAAGUUCUCAAUGAUGAGGAUUCCAAUCACUGCUUGGCCUUCAUGUUCGUGAACUGGUCUUUUGUCUGAUGGGGGAAACCAUCAUCAAGAAUAACUUAUAUUAUCUAUUAAUUUAUAUUCAGUACUUAAUUACCAGAUACU